AUGAUGUCAGAAACAGAGAGCUGUUUUCCUGCCAACAGGUACAAAGCUCUUGACUAUGUUUUCGAGACCAACACCAGUUAUAAAGUAAUGAGGAACCUACUGGCAUUACCAGAUCCGUACUUAACUGAUAGCAGUGACCUGUACCCCCACAGUGGUAAACUACCUGAAGUCACCUAUAGGACACCGUGGGUCAGAGGAAAGGUGAUCUCUACCUGCAAACUCUUUGUCAGUGGUUCAGUGCUGGAUGACCUGAGAGAAAAAAGGCAACUAGUGAAUCUACUAGAAAGGUUUAAUGUGACUCUGAGUGAGGUGAAAGGAGCUGUGGAGGUGAUACCCAGCUCUAAUCCUGACUCACUGACCGAUCUAGACCAGGAUGAGUUAGUUGGUCUUUUAAAAGAGACCCAGAUCAGUGAUCCAUGCCAAGAAUCAUUUUACAAGUGCACCACAGACCAGAUGAAACCUGGAAAUGAAAAAGAUCUUCUCCUGCCGGAAGAGCUCAUGGGUGUCGAUUACCUGCCAAAAUUUAAGAGACAUUUACCCACACUGAAAGCCAAACUGUCCCGGCUGAAGACCCUUCCUGUGUCCGACCCUCUGCUGAGCUCAGCGGGACUGACCAUCUCUGAGGACGCCAUAUUCAGACACUGUGCGCCUUAUGAAAAACCUCCCGACGUGAACACCAGCGACGUUGAGGCGUCUGCAAACGUUCAUGAGGAGUUUGGGAAAGAAUCAAUGACGCAGGAAGAGUCUCUGAUGCUGCCAGUUGUAUUGGACACUCUGAACCUGAACCAAGAACACUGCCACAACUUUUUAGGUAUUUGUGGUCGUGUGAAUGUUGGCCCUGAACAGCUGGAUGAGCAGCCUUCAGUUUUGGAGGUGCUCCAUAAAGAUGUCCCAGCAUCUGUGGAAACUUCCCAGUAUGAGAUACCAGAGGGGCCCAGCAGAAAGCUCAAGAUAAACAGAGGUCUGACAGAGCCGGAUUUAGCGGGACAUUUGAUGCUUCCUACUGACCUGGAGCUGGACCUGACUUUUACCUCGACUCCAGACCAGAACAGUCAAACCAAGAUCUGUCCAUCCACAUGUGAACUUCAGUGGCAAGAACUAUCCCCACUCUGUGGACGGUCUUUGAUGUCAGCGACCGUUCAGCAUGACAUGGAGACAGCGCUUUGGAGGGCGGAGAGGCAUCCAACCUUUGUGGUUGGCUUCCUGUUAGCAGAGCCCCAGAAUACUGACCCAGCGGUUGACUUCCGGCCUCUGUCUGACGCCUUAAAAAUGAUGAAGUUAGAAAAUCUACAUUUUGACAGCAUUGAUGACAAACUGCAGUCAGAGACUGGACCGGGGACAUCACAGGUUAAUCUGUGCAGUAACUAUGAGUUCACAGAGAGCCUGAGGUCUGAGUUUCCCUCCAACAAGCCAGAGAAGGAGAUGGAAGACUUCAAAAAACUGUCACUCGAACAUGAAGAGAUCACAAAUAGAUCCAUCCUGAUAAAUCCCACAAACACAACUCAGUUACCUCACCUGGAGAAAUGUGAAACAGCAGUUUUUAAUCCUGAGAUUACAGCAGAUGACACCCUUCUUCAAAGAGAAGCCGUUGCUGAUACUUCUCAGAACACCUUCCUGAGUCACCGUGUCGGCACAGACGAGACGGACGUUAAACAUGCUGCUACCAACACCACCACAGAUAAAGAUGAGGCUUUUUCAGAAGUGUCAGCCUUGUCUUCUGCUCUUAAGAACAUUAAAACAUGUCAAGAUGAACAAACAGAGAACAGCACCCACACUUCUCAGCAGGCAGCGUCCUCCAGAUUGAACACGAGAGACAAUGGCAGAGGUCCGCAGGUUCUGAGACUUCCUCCAGCAGGGGAGCUGGACCCCCUGUCCACCUUCAUGAGGCUGAGAUCACAGCAGACAGCUCCUGCUGCAUCAGCAGCUCAGACCUCCGCCAAAGCUCAAGUGGAGAGACAAACGCCACCUGAGCUCCAGCCUCCUCUACAGCCAAUGCAGAGAUCAGACACAAUGCCGAUGUACAUGAACGGUGCUGUGUCAGGGAACGCUACCAGAGAACAGAACGCAGCCUUGGAGACAAAAGGUCACCACAUGAAUCAUCCUGUAAGUCAGGAGAGCGGAGUAGUAGCAGUCCAACCUACAGACAGUCAGCGACAUGCAUACUUUGUGCUGCUGGCCUUUGCUCAGCCAUGUUUGAGCUCAGCCAGACAGCUGGGGCUCAACGUCCCGGCAGGGCAAGACUUUAGAUGCCUGGCCCCUGACCAAUCACACUUCAUCCUCAAGCAGCAGAAGAAGGCGCUCUGCAGGACACAAGCACAGAGCGCAGAGCUGAUCAGAGAUCAGGAUGUACUUUUAAACCAGGCUACAUUGAUUCACUUACUGGUGAUGUUUAAGGAGCUUCUGCUGAAGUGUGACCUCAGUACUGCAUUGGACUACCUCACCCAGGCAGCUGAGGCAUGUGCCGAGCAGAGACUGCAGCAGUUGGUGAAGAGGCUGCAGAUCAUCCUCUACCUCAGUCACAAGAAUCAGGAGCCAGACCUGAAACUGCUGGAGCUGCAGCAGCUGCUGGCUGAAUGGCAGCAGGGAAGGAAAGGACAGAAAAGCACAGACAAACUCCUUGUCAUGUUAUCGACCUCCUCUGAUGAAAACAGAUCCAAAAUCAUCAACAGCCUGAGCCAAACAACUGGAGCUUCUGUAAUUGCAGUUCACCCUGAAGAGAACAAGAAGAAGCUAAAUGGUGCCAGUGUUAUCAGCAGCAUGCGCGACAGUGUGUGCGUGUUGGUGAAUGAGCUGCAUGUGGGCCCUGAUUUCCCCUGGAAGUGUUUCUGUCUGGUGGUGGAGUACGAUCAUCCAGGCCAGUCACCGUGGUCCACAGUGUGCAGAGAGAGGGGGGUCAAUCACCUCACAUUCAACACUAUAAUCUCCCACACUGAGUCUGAGGAGGCCUCGUGGUGCCUGGUGGACAAAGUGCCUUACAUGUUGUUUGUGACUGAGGGGCUUCUCAACUGUCCACUUCUGCUGCAGACUCUUGAGUCAGGGUUUAACAUAACUGUGCUGGAAAGGAGCCACUGCCCCUCCUUGCAGAUGCUUGGUGGGACCCAUCAGUAUACUGUGAUCACAGUGAAUGAAAGCACCGCCAUCAUUGUUCAGGAGGAGGAUGAACUGUGUCAGGAGCGAGGCAGUGAACGAGUAGUCAUGAGACUGACAGCUCUGUCCCUGCAAUACAACUGCUGCUGGCUCAUACUGCACUGCCCCGACAGCCGGGGAGGAGGAUUUUCCACUGAAGCCUUCAAUAACUUGGUGUUGGUUUAUUCAUCUCUGGUGUUGUUCGGCAUGAAGUCAGAGGAUCUGGAUGUGAAGGUGCUGAUCGUGUCUAAUGUGGUGGAAGUCACCAAAUGGAUCAGCAAGAUCUGCUUCCACAGCCUGAUGUCCAGCGACAGGGACCCUGUCGAAUACCUGAGUAGAGACUGGUUGACGUUGCUCCCCUCAGAGGAGGAAAAGUGUUUGUGUCAGUUCCCGAGUAUCAACCCUCUGGUCAGUCAGUUAAUGCUGAACAGAGCGCCAUCCUUUCAGUGGCUCCUGGGGGCCUCUCUGUCUCAGCUGCAGGAGCUGCUCCCUGAGGUGCCGCAUAAAGUCCUCAAGAUGUUUAGUGACACCACCUCCCUGUAUACAACAACCAAAAACCACCCAGAGUCUCAGACAGUCAUCACUGAGACAAACCAACAAACCAGGCACCUUAACAGCCCCUGGACUACUGCUGUUUGCCCAGAGCACGUAAACUCUGGUCCACUACCAGAAACCCCCAUCAACCCCCAUCCAGAACUUCCUUGUGGUGACACCAGCUUCCAGUUUGGAGCAGAUAGCAGCUUCUUCGAACCUCACUCAGACGUAUUAGCGCAGGACGGAAACACAGAUUUCAGACUCAACCUGAGUUCCUCCUUUGGCAGCCCAGACGUUCACCUCCAGACGGGCUGGAACAGAGAACCCUGGAGAGAGGAAGACAGAGGCAGGAAGGAGGUGGAGUUUUCUAGUUGGAGAGGCAGAACUGGAGCAAUUGGGAGAGUUGUAGAUAGAAUAAAUGAUGAGUGGACCCCAACAAAGCCUGUUGGUUCUUUCAAGCUGGACUCUGUGCUAGGCUACAAUCCAGUCCUGCAGCAGCCAGCCGCCAGUCACAUGACCACAUACUCUCCAGUCUUCAGUGGCUUCCAGGAUCCAGGUAGCCACAGUCUGAGCCCUCCUGCAGAGGUAUCGAUGUGGGACAGAGGUCUAAGCAGCUUCCCCAACAGUAGAGAGACAACGCCAGGUUCAGCUAACUACGGCUCCAAAUGCUGGUUUGGACAAGAGAGGAAGAGGCACGGCGAGGUGGCAGGUUUAGUCGGCGCAACGAUGACUCCACUAAAGAAGGGAAGGUUAAGCUUCGAGAAGGUUCCCGGAAGAAGUGAUGGACAGACGAGGCUCAAAUUAUUUUAGUCGUGAAUAUUUUGUCCCUGUGUUCUGUUUGUAAACACCAGGGAAACAUUUCUUCACCAAAUUUUGUAACAUUCAAGUUAUUGACUGAAAUAGUUAGGUUUUACUUCUGAGCUUUUUAUUCAGGUGGAAUAACUUUCAAGUUUGGCUGCAAAAACCGGCUAAUGCGCUUAAAUAUAAUCGCUGCAUUUUAGACAAAUAUUCAAUAUCUAACCAGCAGUGUUUUGACCUUUAAAGCAGGAAACUAAAUGAAAUUGCUGUUCUGUUACGAGCUCCUGACCAAUAAGUUGUUUAUAUAAGAAUUAUCAUCUUGCUAUUUUUAACGAUAUUUAAAAAAAAAAUGUUUUUUAUGAAAUCUUAAAGCUGUAUUCCCUCUUAAGACGUUCUGAACUAUUUUGUAUAACUUCUCUAUUUUUCAAAUGUCCUUCAUCUUGUUGCCAUUCAAAACAAAAUGUUAGUGUAUAAACAGAUAAUUGAUAUCAAUAUAAAACAGUUUUAGAUGUCUUCACAGGUGAAGUUGGAGUUGUUGACAUACUGUUCGCUACAAAACACUGAAAUAUAUCUGCUCAAACUACUGUACAUUAUAGUGUGUUCAAAACUGUUUCUGAAAUGUUUAUGUUCUGCCUCUAAGUAAUAAAAAGCAUUAAGAUUG